CGCUCCUCUUUCCCAGGGAGGCGGAGCUGGGGAGCAGGUUAAGUAAGACGGUGGCUGGGUCCCUCGUCCUGGUUCUGUCCGCCCCGCUCCUUGCUUUCCUCCUGCAGCAGGGAUGGCUGCCACUGCUCUGAACGUCAAGUACUCGGGGCGAGCUGGGGGAACCUCCACAGCCCGCCUCCAGAUCCUGCUUGGACACCUCCAGGGCUCUGCGGCCCCGGCUAUCGCAGCUUACCCGACUUCAGCUGAUGUUGUACGUCUCGGUUUCCAUCCUCAGAAAUUCCAGUACACUGUGGAUAAUAAUGUCUUAACCCUAGAACAGAGGCAAUUUUAUGAGGACAAUGGUUUCCUGGUCAUAAAAAAACUAGUGUCUGAAGCAGAUAUUCAACGCUAUAGGGCCCAGUUUGAAAGGAUCUGCAGAAAGGAAGUGAAACCCCUAGGAUUAGACAUCAUGAAGGAUGUGACCAUCGCAAAAAUAGCCCUUUCUCCACAUGAGAAUAUAACUACAAAAAUCCAGAAUUUUCAGAAUGAUGAAGAACUCUUCAGUUAUUGCACCCUGCCUCAGAUUGUUAAAUAUGUCGAGUGUUUCACUGGACCCAAUGUCAUGGCUAUGCAUACAAUGCUGAUAAACAAGCCUCCAGAUUCUGGUAAGAAGACUUCUCGCCAUCCCUUCCAUCAGGACCUGCACUACUUUCCAUUCAGGCCUCCCAAUUCCAUUGUCUGUGCUUGGACUGCCAUGGAACAUAUUGAUAGAAACAAUGGCUGCCUGGUUGUGUUACCAGGCACACACAAGGGCUCCUUGGAACCACAUGACUAUCCAAAAUGGGAGGGGGGAGUUAAUAUUAUGUUCCAUGGUGUCCAAGACUAUGAUUUAAACCAACCCAGAAUUCACCUUGUGAUGGAGAAGGGAGAUACUGUUUUUUUCCAUCCUUUACUCAUUCAUGGAUCUGGAAGAAAUAGAACUGAAGGGUUCCGGAAGGCGAUUUCCUGUCACUAUGCCAGUUCUGAUUGCUACUACAUUGAUGUGAAGGGUACCAGUCAAGAAAACAUUGAGAAGGAACUCCAAGUCAUAAUAGAAAAAAAGCAUGGUGUGGCCAAUGUCGAAUUAAAGGAUGCUUGGAUGAUGCGAGCACGGCUUGUGAAAGGAAAAAGAAUCAAUCUUUGAAGUAUUCCUCAAAAGUCAACACCAGGUGCCUAUGGAGAAUGUUAUUAUAUGACAUGUAGUGAUCCUUGUUAUCACAUACUAAUAUGAAAAAGCACUUUGUUGUAUGCAGUAUUGUCUGCAUUGCUUUUAUACUGUUUUGGCAAUACAAAGACUAAAAGAUGUAAAGUAUAAAAAGCUUAACUUAGUGUCACACCUGAUAAAAAUGCUUGUGUAAUUUCGGAGUAAUCCAAGUCUUCAAAAAAGGGGGGGCACCUCUUAGCCAAAAGAAAACCUACCGAGUUCAGAAUCUUUGUAAUUAUAAACUAUGUAGGUGCCAAUAAAAAAUUAUGGCUGAUUGUUUUCAUUGUUAGAGGAAAUCUAUUGCAGGUGCUUCUUUAGGGAGACAAAGGCUAAGAGCUUGUUCUAAGCAGGUAGUUCUUUAAUCAGUGGAAGAUUGUGGAAUAAAGUAAAGACCUGCCUCAUUCCA